AUGUUGGAUGCAGUAGAUUCGUUUCAUGUGAAAUUUAUCUUAAAAAAUAAUACUACAAAAGCAGUUAUUUUUAUUGAUCAACAUUUAACUGAAUCAAUUACAAAUGAAAUUAAUGAAAAAUUAACUAUUUUUGUUGAUGGAACGUUUGCCACAGUACCCCAACUAAGCAAUACUAAUUGCCAAUUGUGGACAAUUGUAAUUAGACAUAAAAAUAGAACAUUUCCGAUUGUCUAUGCUAUAAUGGAAGGACGCAGUGCCGAAAAUUAUAUAGAUGUUUUGGACGCAGUCGUAAAUGUUAUAAAAAUAAAACCUGACACAGCAAUAUCAGACUUUGAAAGAGCAGAAAGAAAAGCGUUACGAACAGUUUUCCCCAGUGCUAAAAUCAUCGGCAGUUUCUUCCAUUACAGUCAGGCAUUAGUACAUAAUGCCGACAAAUUUGGGAUACUUAAAGGCGACGACAAAGAAUUGGGUUGGGGUGCAACCAAAUUGUUAGUAUCCCUAGCUUUUUUACCCAAAAACUUAAUAGAAGAAGGCUUCCAAAUAAUAUCCAAAAUUAUUUUCAAAAAUUACAAGUAUUUGGAUUCAUUUUUUAAUUAUUAUAAAGAGACAUGGUUAAAUGGCUUUAAGUCCGAUUCGUUCUCUGUUUUUCAACAAUUACAUAAAACAAACAAUAUAUCUGAAAGACAUAAUCGGGAACUACGAGAGACUCUAAAAAAACACUCAACAAUUGUGGAAUUUUUAGGAUUGUUUUUCGCCGAGUUAACCACUCCGCUGUCAGACGAACAUUUCGUGCCAUAA